AUGGCAGGCGUGGUGCCGCUUGAGAUGGCUCCUGCCUCCUCGCUGGCCAAUGCCGCAGCAUGGAGGCAGGAGGAGGUGCUGGAAGACGAGGCCGAGAAUACGCGACAGGACGAUGCCAGACCAGACUGGUCCGUCAUCGAUGUCAAAGACCUAGACAAGCCCCUGGAGAGGGAAGACGAAGACGAAGAGGAAAUAGCGGAGUUUGAAAACGCCAGGGAUGUCAAGGACGGAUGGUUCGAAGCGCCGGCGCCAGACGAACCAUCUUCAGGCCAUGCGAUCUUCAUCGAACGAGACGAGGAUCAUGUCCCGGAACACAUGGCUCUGCGAGAGAAGGAUCUCACCAGUUUGUGGGCUGAUCAGAACGAUUUGGACGAGGAGGACGCUGCGGCAGAGGAAGUUGGGGCCCUUGACGUCAACGUGCCGAGAACCGCACUGGUGAUCAACAUAUCCUACGUCCUGAAGCGCCUCAAUGGCUGCUGUAGCUUGAACCAGUUGGCAAAAGCCCUGAAGUCUUUCAAGGCCCCACAGACAGUUGCGGCGGCUUUCUCGUGUGCCCUCAAAACUGCGGAGGAGAAGACUGGCAUGUCGUUGGAGGCCAAGUCCCAAGUGUUUCUUCGAAUGCAGGGCCGGAUCGUGUACCUCUUAGACCGGGACGGGGAGAAGUGGCAGCCUCCAAAGCAGGAACCUGCUGCUGGCCCAGGGCUCGGGAAACGUGUGAAAGAGCGCGUUCUGAAGCUGCGGGCACGUAGGUGGCAACGCCGGAUGUCCGUUCUGCAGAUGCAGUAUGACAGAAGAAUGCUGAACAAGCAACAGGCCAAGGGCCGUGGUGGAGGCGAAGGUCGACGUGGCAAAGCCACGAUGAAAGGAGACCUGCCACUGGCGAAAGGUGAAACAGGAAAAGGCAAGGCAAGCAAAGGCCAUGGUCACGAGUGGUCAGAGUGGUCCUGGAACUCCAAUGGUCACUGGGCCCCAGCCUGGGACGAAUGGACGCAGCCGCAGCCGGAGUGGAAGGCGCUGCAAAGGAAGGCCAGUCGCUGGAAGGCAUCCUAG